AUGGUGGAAAGUGUGGAGGAGGAUGAUAAAGAAAUGAGAUCAGUUGCAUCAACGCCAACAUGGUCUCUUGCUACUGUGUUGACAUUCUUUGUUACAGUUUCUUUGAUCGUGGAGCGCUCAAUUCACUACCUAACCAGCUGGUUAAAGAAAACUGAGAGAAAACCUCUGCUUAAAGCUUUGGAUAAGAUGAAAGAAGAGUUAAUGCUGCUUGGAUUCAUGUCACUCCUCCUAGUAGCAACAUCGACAGAAAUAGCUAAUAUCUGCAUCUCAUCAAGGUUCUAUCAUGGUACCUUCGCACCAUGCUCCAGGUUUGAGACGGAUGAAGGAGAUGAAAAUGAUUCCUCCAAAGAGCGUCGCCUUUUGACGGCUUCCGAUUUUAGCUCAUUUCCGAGAAUGUUGAGAGGCAUGAACACCAUCAACUGCAAAGAGGGUCAUGAGCCAUUUGUUUCACAUGAAGGUCUCGAGCAGUUGCAUCGCUUCAUCUUCGUAAUGGCGAUCACACAUAUAGCUUACAGUUGCUUAACGAUGCUACUUGCAAUCGUGAAGAUUCAUAGAUGGAGGGCAUGGGAGGAGGAAACUCGAAAGGGACAACAUGGUUUUUUAACUGCACAAGCUAGAGAGUCGUUAAUGCAAAGACAAACAGCUUUCGUUGUAAACCACAGAUCGAACCCCUUGACGAAAAACAGAGCCAUUAUCUGGUUGAUAUGCUUCUUCCGGCAAUUCGGGUGGUCGGUUGUUAAAAAUGACUAUCUGACUCUUCGCAAGGGGUUCAUCACAAAUCACAAUCUGUCCCCAAAAUACGAUUUUCACAACUAUAUGGUUCGUUCCAUGGAAGAAGAAUUUCGAAAGAUAGUUGGUAUUAGCGCUCCUCUUUGGGGUUUUGUUAUCGUCUUCACGCUAUGCAAUGUGAAAGGAUCUUAUCUUUAUUUCUGGAUAGCUAUCAUUCCCAUUACUCUUGUUCUUCUUGUGGGAGCAAAGUUGCAGCAUGUCAUGGCGACGUUGACACUUGAGAGUGCCGGGAUAACCAGCUACUGUUCUGAAGCAAGGCUGAGGCCUCGAGAUGAACUUUUCUGGUUUAAGAAGCCAGAAGGGUUGUUGUACCUUAUCCAUUUCAUUCUAUUCCAGAACUCAUUCGAACUAGCUUCAUUCUUUUGGUACUGGUGGCAGUUCGGCUAUAAUUCAUGUUUCCUCAGUAACCAUACGCUUGUUUACAUGCGAAUUGUUUUGGGGUUUGCCGGGCAGUUUGUGUGUAGCUACAUCACUCUGCCACUCUAUGCUCUGGUCACUCAGAUGGGAACAAACUUUAAGGCGGCUCUAAUUCCGCAAAGCGUAAGGGAGACGAUCCAUGGAUGGGGUAAGGAGGCUAGGAGAAGAAGCAGAAAGAGAAGGAGAAUGCAUGCGCGUUUCGCCGAUGAUUCAGCCAUCCAAACAGACACAAGCACAUUAACCACAUUAACGUCAGUCCAUGAAAAUCUUCAUCGACUGACCGAUGUUUAUGCAUCCCGUGCUAGUACAUCAAGUGAGAUCGAGAUGCAACCAGCAGCCAGGGUCACACGCAGAUGGACCUUCGGAAGUUUCUAA